AUGCUCGCGGCCAAGCUCGUACUUGUGGCGGCAAUCGCCGGCGCCCAGGCAGCGGUCUGCCCGUACAAGGAGUACCCGUCGGGCUGGGUGCUCGUCGCCGACGGCAACUGCUCGGCCUCCAUCACGCUCUGUGCGACCAACAACAGGUGCGACCGCAAGGUGACCACCGACUACGGGACCAUCCAGACGUUUGCGGGCUGGACUGGCGUCGGCAACUUGGCCGACUACACAGCCAACAAACUGACCAUGAAGAACUCGGCAUCGCUCACGAUUGCGCGCAUGACCGUGCCCGGCACCGUCACCACCUUGACCUUUGACAAUGUGACCAAGAUCGACCUUGACAACACGGCGCUGACGCAGUGGAGCUCGGUCAAGACCUUGGAAAUUCUCAACAGCCCCGUCAACCUUCCCAACGGCAUCAAAUGGCCGACCAAUCUCGACCUCAUUGUGCUCAUGAACAAUAUGAUGAACAGCAUUCCGCAGUUCCUUCCGACGACGCUUACGAAACUGGCGAUUCAGAGCAACUACCUCACGGACCUGGUGUAUUUGCCAAAUAAUCUUGUGUUUUUGAACAUCGCAGCCAACACUUUCAAGACGCUAAGCAACGCCGACAUGCGCAGCGUCAAAUAUUUGAACAUGUCCAACAACGAAGACUUGACCAAGAUCAUGAACAUUCAAUUCUCCGAUAUUGCUUUUGUGAGCAUGGUCAACUGCUCCAAGCUCAGUGACAUUCACCUCGACGCACCCUCGUACAAGGCGCUGAAUGCACUGCAGCCAUGGAACGGAGAAAAGCUCACCGACACGCCGGCGGGGUACACCAUCAACUACGCCGUGGCAACCAACGCCGCUGCGUGCACAACAUCCGGCGGCUCGAUCAAGAAGCUCUGGGAAAGCACGUCCAAGGUCUCUGUCACCGCAUGCGUCAUGGCUGCGUCACGCAACGCGACGACGACCGAGCCGACGACGACCGAGCCGUCGACGUCGGGUGGCAGCAACACGGGCCUGAUCGUCGGUGUUGCCGUCGGCGGCGUCGUCGUCGUCGCCGUGAUUGCCUUUUUCAUCAUUCGCCGCAAGCGCCAGCAUCAGCCAGGGCAGCCCACCGAUGACUUUCCGUACCGAGCGCCCAACGACGGCAAGGAGACGAAUGGCACGGGCGGCUAUACCAACGGAACCGGCGCUACCAACGGCACCAACCGGUCGCGCGGCACUCUCGGCUACCCCGACGCCGACAUCAUCCUUGACGUCAAGCCUCUACUGCACCACCGUCUCGAGCUCUCGAAUCUCUUCGUCACCUCCAACAAGCCGCUCGCCUCUGGAGCGUUUGGCGAAGUCUGGCUCGGCUCGUACGGCGGCAAGCAGGUCGCGAUCAAGCGCAUGAAGAACCAAGAGGCGCGCAGUGUUCAAAAGUUCAUUGACGAGAUCGUCCUCAUGAUGAGCAGCGACUACAUUGUCAAGUUUGUCGGCGCCAGCUGGACCCGUCCGAUCGAGAUCGAGUGCGUCGUCGAGUUUAUGGACCUCGGCGACCUCCGUAGCUACCUCAUCAACCAGUCGCCGGCGCAGUUUAGCUGGGACCAAAAGUACCAGUGCAUUCUCAGCAUCAUCCGGGGUCUCGUCUACCUCCACACGUACAAGCCGCCGAUCAUCCAUCGCGACCUCAAGUCCCGCAACGUCCUCCUCGACUCGGUCAAGGGCACCAAGCUCACAGACUUUGGUGCCUCCCGGGUCGCGGAAGAAGACGAUCUCAUGACCAACGGCAUUGGCACGUACCAGUGGAUGGCGCCGGAAGUGAUUUCGGGCACCAACUACGGCGCGCCGGCCGACGUGUACUCGUUUGGGAUCAUCUUGUCCGAGUUUGCGACGCACCAAGUGCCGUACGCGGACCUGCGCCACCCGGACUCGGGCAAGGCGCUGCCGCAGCACUACGUUCUGAAUCACGUCCGCGAAGGCAAGUUGCACCCGACGUUUGACGGCCACGGCGUGCCGGCGUGGGUGAAAGAGAUUGGUCUGCAGUGCCUCUCGCUCUACGAAGAGGACCGUCCGACGGCGCUGCAGUUGUCGGCGAUGCUGAGCCGCUGCAAGCCGGAAGUGCGUAUCUAG